ACGAUUUGAAAAUUAUAUGGCCGACUAUUUAAGUCAACGUGAUAUAUUACCGCCACAUCGCAUGUCAUUGCUGAAAUUUCUGGCCAUCAAUGCAUUAGAAUUGAGUGCACCGGCGACGCCUGCGCUUCUGGAACACAAUCAAAACAAUCAGCAUUUUAACGCAAACGUUAAACCGCCAGGUUGGAUGCAAUUGUCUGGACAUCCAGAAAGCAUUGUUCCCACAACUGCUGGCGUUGUGCGCAAACGCGUUGCCAGUCUUACGGACAAUGAGGUGCUCGCAUAUAAAAUGCUUACACAAGAACCACAAACCGCUAAAAUUGUGCCACAAUUCUAUGGCGCGCAAGAAGUAAAUGGCGAAUACUUCAUCGAUCUCCAGGAUCUAUUGACUGGUUUCAAAGAUCCAUGUGUUAUGGAUAUUAAAAUGGGUUGCCGCACUUUCCUCGAAUCAGAGGUCACAAACAAGACACUUCGUCCGGAUUUGUACAAGAAAAUGGUAGCAGUCGACCCAAUUGCACCUACAGCUGAGGAACACGAAGCACAGGCCAUUACAAAACUACGUUAUAUGCUUUUCCGUGAAUCGAUGUCCUCAUCGCAAUCGAAAGGUUUUCGCAUAGAAGCCCUGCGCCUACGCGGACGUCCACCUGUAAAGGAUCUUAAAACGGUACGCAAUAGCGAUCAGAUUACACAAACAAUAGAACAGUUCCUCGGUGCUAAGCGCUCCAUAACAAAAGAGCUCAUCAAGCGUCUAAAGCAUUUGCGUUCAGUAAUGGAAAAAUCAGCAUUCUUUCAACGGCAUGAAGUGGUUGGCUCCAGCAUUUUUAUUGUUUACGACGAUGAUAAGGUUGGCGCUUGGUUAAUAGAUUUUGCUAAAUCACGACCUUUACCAGCGGGAGUUAGUGUGAAUCAUCGUGCGCCUUGGGUGCCGGGAAACUGCGAGGAGGGUCUACUCAAGGGCAUGGAUGAACUUAUCAACGCAUUUGACAAUGUGUAUGCAAGUCAUGGCAGCCGAAAGUGUUUACAAAUAUAAAUUACACUAAAAGCAGCAGGGCUGCUUGUGUUGGAGAAUUAGAAACACUAAGAAACCAUUCUAAAACGAUUGGUAAGGAGGCGUUGACGUUUCUUUCUUCAUAUUCGGGAAUUAAUAUGAAUCUAAGAUAGAACAAAAGAAAAUUAUGAAUCUUUCCUUAUUUAAAACAUCUGUAUCUAUUGUAAUAAUAUUUUAAGAUUGUUGUUAUUCUGCCAGAAGACUGAUUCGCAUUGUGUGCAUUUAUACGGUAAAGUUUCGCUACACACCCUAUUCAUUUGUACGAAUAUUAUUUGAAUUUACCAUACAUAAUUUGUGUUCGUUUGUAUUUUCCAUAUUGGAAACAGCCUUAAAUCAAAUAAUCGCGAUCGCAUUUAAAAAAUCAUUAACUCUCAUAUUUAAUGAAGACUUUGCCGCAAAUAUUAUAUUACAAUAAACUAUUAAAAAGUAUUUUAGUUAGCAGCUUAAUUCUUAAAAUCAUUAAAUACAAACAAAAAUGUAAAUAAAGAUCAUAUAUCAAUUACUCGUAAACUGAAGAUAAAACAAAAAUAAAACAGGAAAUAUUGCUAAGUACACAAAUUAAAAGUUUGAGAAUCGGAAACAUACGACAGCUGUCAAAUUUCAGCUAGAAAGUUACUUAAUACUUGUAUGAUCCUUUUUGUAUGUAGCUAUGUAUAGUUUAAGCUUUAGUCUUACAAUCUUUUUAUAUUAAUAAAAAAAGAAGAGUGUUACCAAGUAAGUACGUAAUAAAUAUUGUAUCUGAAUUGUGAACGAACAAAAUGCUUUUUACUAAUAUAUGGAAAAAACCAU